GCCCUCCUCCUCCUCCUGCAGGCGAGAUGGUGUCGUUCAAGAAGUUCCAGGGGAAGGUGGUGCUGGUGCAGAACACGGCGUCGCUCUGAGGGACGACCACCAGGGACUUCCACCAGAUGAACCAACUCAAGGAAGAGUUCGGCGACAAGCUGGAGGUCCUGGCCUUCCCCUGCAACCAGUUCGGCCACCAGGAGAACACUACCGAAGGGGAGUUGUUGAGCUCCCUCCGCCACGUCCGUCCUGGGAACAACUUCGAGCCCAAGAUGGUUAUGUUCGGCAAAGUCGACGUCAACGGGUCAACAGCUGAUCCCGUCUUUAAGUACCUGAAGGAGCGACUGCCACUGCCAGCUGACGACAGCGUGAGUUUUAUGUCAGAUCCAAAGUGCAUCAUUUGGACACCUGUCUGCCGCUCUGACAUUGCCUGGAACUUCGAGAAAUUCCUCAUUGGCAAGGAUGGGCAGCCGUUUAAGAGGUUCAGCAAGAAGUAUGAAACCAUAUUGCUUAAAGAUGAAAUCGCAAACUUGCUGAAAGCUUAAAGAAAGAAAAAGAUAAGAGAAGACCCGGUGACCCAAAAUUGUAGGAAAAAAAGAAAAACAAACAUGAAAUAACCAGCAACCUGCAACAAAACAACAGAAAACGGAGAGCGGAGAAACAGAAAACGGAAAACCAUUCCAACCGCCAACCAGCUGAUCCUUUUUCCGUGCAAAAAGGACCUUGGGACCUCAACAAUGAAGGGAAUCCUACAAACACUCUUAAGUGCUAGGGUUCUUGGAUGAUAAAUCUCGAGGUCCUAGGGUUCCAGGAUUUAUUCUUUUUUUUUUUGCAUGGGCGUAGGAUCAGUUAAGAGUUCCUUUAGAUACUUUUGAAGAGAUAAAGUCAAAAAAUAUUUUCUUUUCUUUUAUAAAUGUCUUGUGUGUUAGUGGCAUCGCGUAUUAUAUAUUUGGAGCAAGUCGAUGUGAUUUUUUUUUAUAUUAAAAAGGACAUAAUUUACUAAAA